AUAGUCUGCUUAUGGGCUACCAGAAACACCAAUUAUGAAGAUGAUGCGCCAGAGAACAUCCAAAGGUUGGGUAGUUGUUUCUGGACUGACUGUGUUAAUUGAGCAGGGCAUCGCCCAGUAUGAGCUUUUCACUAAACGACCGGCCCCAGUGCAUGUUAUGAAACGUGCUCUUGAGGCAGCUCAUCUUGCCUCUGCUUCUAAUAUGAGAUAAAGGUUUGACGCAAUAUUCCGCCGUAAGACGACGAACCAUUGAUGUCCGACAUCAGCGAAGCUAGUCAACACACGGCAAAAACCAGGGGCAAUGGCCAAAUUCGCUGGAAGACUUCUUUCUACCUGGGGUCUACAGCAAGUUCCAUUGUUUUGUUAUUCAAUGUGGGAUUCAUUAUAUGGGCUGCUUCCCAGCAUGGCGCCGUUCAUAAGGGCCGUGGUCUGUUGUUUUCAGGCGAAUGUCAAAGGGCACGAACUAUAAAUACCGCGUUUCACGUCGCAAUAAACAUUCUUGGAACUAUUCACCUAAGCGCCAAUGACUGUGGAACGCAAUGUUUAUGUGCACCGACCAGAAAUGAUGUCAACCGUGCCCAUCAGAACGGAAAAUGGCUUGAAUUGGGGUACCAAGCAUGCCCAUUCCCCAGCUCCAAUAUUAAAGACUUGAGGUCACCGAAUACAACACAUAAUAACGCUUUGGAAAAAGCAUCGAAAGGUGAACUCCAUCGACUGGAAACCCGUGAAUGUAUUUCCGCAUAUUCUCUAUUCCAGACGACAUAUGGCAGCCUGUUACUGGUUAGCGAUGGCUUCAACUCAACGUGGGUUGAUUAUAAGUAUUUCGAUCAAGGUGGCCUUUAUGUCCCCAAGACAAUUGAACCCUUUGGUUGGAUAUGGUCCAGAUUCCCGCUCCAAUUAUCUACCGGAUAUCCUUUAAAUGCGAAUGAUUGGUAUACGAAGUCAAUCGCAACGAUUUACAAACCCAGCGUUCGCCCUUGCUGGGUCAAAGAUUGCCUGAGCGAAAGAACGGAGGGAAUAUGCAAGGUUGAGUAUAGCUUACCUCUAAUUAUUAUCGUGAUAACAUUCAACUUAAUAAAAGCGAGCAUCAUAUGUGGAAUCACUUUCACCAUGGCCGAUGUCCCCAUAUUGACUACUGUUGAUGCAGUUGCCUCAUUCAUGAGAAAGCCAGAUAAAAGCACCAAAGGCCAGUGCCUGCUAUCCAAGAGGUCAGCAUACAAGACGGCCCCUGGCUCUUGGAGGUACAACAAAAACCCAAGACGAUGGGGCUCAGCUGUAUCGUUUCAACGAUGGGCGAUCUGUCUACUAUUAUACACCAUUUCAAUUGCGAUAUGUGUCGGUCUGCGCCGCUAUGGACUUUCCUACAUAACCAAUGCAUCAGCAGUCUGGAAACUGGGCGCCGUCGACUCCCAGGCACUGAUCCACGGGGACAACUUCCCCACGUCACUAACAACCAACAUCAUCAGAGCCAACACUCCCCAAGCAAUAUUUUCAAUUCUUUACUUCAGCACCACCAGCCUGCGUGUCUCGACACCAACCCGAGGCUACCAACAAAAUACCUUCUUUCUUUCUCUAUCAUAUAGAUAUGCGGUUCCACUCCUUGCUUUAUCGGGAACGUUGCACUGGCUUAUUUCUCAGAGCUUGUUUCUAGUGAGCAUGGAGGACUACGGGCCUGCGUUGAAAAGACUCCCUGAUAACGAUAUUAUUACAUGUGGAUAUUCGCCUUUGUAUGCUUGCAUAUAUGGUCUGAUGGGACUGAGGAGGCUUAAGUCUGGGAUGCCGGUUGUCGGCAAUUGCAGUCUGGCUAUUUAUGCUGCAUGCCACCCUUCUAAGGACGGUGAAUCAGGAAACGAGGCAGAUAUUGACAUUCUGCCAUUGAAAUGGGGACUUGUGUCCAUGAAAGCGGAGGAAGUGGAACAUUGCGCAUUCUCCAGCAAAGAGGUUGAACUGCCAACAGGUGGAUGUGAAUACGAGUAA